UUCACCUGCGAGCACUGCAAAAAAACUCUGGAAGAUGCCAAUAAAAACCUAAGCGCGGUGCCCAGCAUCACUGCAGUUCUGGGCAGAGACGUUACCAUACCGUGCACUUACCAGCUGUCACCGGGAUACUCCGAAGUGAGUUUAAAAUGGGCAAUGAGGAAGGAUGGAGACACUAAGACUAUUCUCUACAGGGACAGGCUCAGCUACAGCAUUCCCCUCUCGAUGUACAGAUCCCGAGUAAGCGUCCCAAGCACUGACCAGGUCGGGAAUGUCUCGCUCACUCUGAAAGAAAUGUAUUUCCAGGACAGAGCAGAUUACUUCUGUGAAGUGACCUGGAGAAAUGGGAGCGAAAACACAGAGCAGGACACAGCGCUCAUUAAAGUAUCUGUCGUCCAGGUUCCUGUUUCCAAACCAGUUAUGCCCAAUGUCCAGUCCCCACUCUACAUCCAAGCGGGUCAAAGCAUCAGGCUCACUUGUACAGCUGCUGGGUCUUUACCCAUCACAUACAUGUGGUACAAGAAGCAACCAGAUGGGACCAAAACAAGGUUAUCAAGACAAGCUUCCCUCCGCAUAUCUGAUGCAGGAACAUACUAUUGUGAAGCAGAGAAUGGUGCUCCUGGAAAGAAAGUUGAACAGAGUGAUCCAAUAGAACUUAUUGUACAAGUAACGAAAAUUCCCACGUCUACUUCUUAUACUGAAACCAGCAGCACUGAACCUGAACGGAGCGAACUGACAUCUGAAGACUAUAGCUACUAUACCACUGAACAAGAUAACUGUGAUUCGACAAAUGUCACAGAUACAUCAGCCACAGAGUCUACAGCACAUACUGCUGAGAAAGAUGGAAAUGCUGUUUCUCCUGCUUCGCAUCAAAAAGGGAACAGGACUCUGUUAAGGGUCUACAUUCUGAUUGCUGGUCUCUGCAUCCUGGUGCUCCUCGUUGUCAUCAUAGCCAACGUCAUAACUGUGAAGAAAAGGAAUAAGCAAAAAAAUGCAUAUGACCUUGUAACUUUUUCCCCUCAUCUUGCUAGGGCACCGAACAGCAUGGAAGACAAAAAAUGAACUGCGCGCGAAAACGAAUAUGAAGCAAUGAUAUGCAAAAACGAGAAUGAGUAUGCUACCAUGACUAAGACCUGAGCCAGCUCAGGAAUCAAUGCAUCAGGACUCAAACAACUGCCCUAGUUAGCAAAGUCAUCUGGAAUGGUACUGUGCUGCAUUCGUGCAUGGUGAUCAUGAAAAUCAACGUACUUUGAGUAUCUCUAUUACAGUUCAAAAUUGCAAUCUUUCACAACUCUGCUCAGUCAUCGGGAAUUCCAUGUUAGGGCUAGGUUACACAGUGCAUUGGGGUGGUAACUUUUUCACAACUUUUAUUCUGCCUUGCAACUGCUGUUUUGUAGAAAAUUGUGCAAGUCCCCUGGACAAGCCCUCAGUUGGGGCUUAUCUGUGCACACUUGGAAGUGCUUGAAGUUCUUGCAUAUCGUUUCCAUGUGAUCUUCUGAUCAUGUGUGUUGAUAUCUGUGGUACUCUGCUCUGACAAGCAUUUGUAUUUAGUAAAGAGUGGAUUAUCAUGAAAACAAAACUUUCAUUAGCACAACUGCAUUCAGAAGCAAACUAUUAUACCUUUAUCUGCAGAAAUCAGCUAUUAAGUACUGGGAUCCAUACAAAAUGCCCUACAUAUUUUACAAACAGCUCAUUGUUAUGCUUUCAGCUUGAGUGCAACUCUUAGUAUAUGUAUUUGUAUUGAGCUAAACAUCUUAAAAACAGAGAUAUAAUCUGAUAUCUGGUUGAAGGAUGUUUGGUUUUCACAUUAAAUGUCAAUAAACCCACACAAAAAAAAUAGCAUUUGAGUAACUUUUUUGGCAGGAUUUUGGUUUCAGUGUGUUUCAUGUGUUAUUAUUUGAAGACAUGCUGUGUUAACAAUUGUAAGAGUGAAACAUUUUGUAAAGCUAGAAGAUAAACCAUAAAAAAAUGCAUCCAGUGCAUUCCCCAAUGCUGUACUUUAUAGAUACAGAAGUAUAAUUGUAUUGAUAUUACUAUACAUGUCAUAAUUACACUGUAACGACACCGUAACUACACAUGGUUGUGCAGUUACAAUGUAACAACAUUUUUUAUUACAGUAUGAUAACUAUAGACAGUUGCUCGCAUACUUUGUAAUUACAAUGUGCUUACGCACAUGAUUGUGUAGUAACAAUAUAAUUACUUUGUAACAGCACAUCUAAUUACAGUGUAAUUACAUUGUGUUUUGAGACUUAAGGGGGUUGCUCUUGUAUUUGCAAUAUUUUGAAUUAUAUUUGUGGCAUUCAGUCAAUUAACAAAGCCUUUUAGUUUCUCAGGGAUUGUCUAACACUGGAAUUCUUAUUUACAGUAUGGUCUUUUUCAUCUGAAAAUAUUAUAUAUUGUUUUAAUAAAACACAAUUAGGAUGGCUUGCUUUUACUCAAGAAGGGUUGGAUACCUUAUUUUAAAAACACUUAAAAAUCAAAACAUCAACUUAAGAAUUCAUAUUUAGUCAAAUGCUCUUUCUUUGCAUUUAAACGACUGUUCAAAUACCUUACAUGUGGUUAUAUUAUGGAUGCAUUACAUUAUCAAACUAGAAUUAUUUGUGACUCGUAAAACCACAGGGUCCACUGCAUUGUCCACUGCAUUG